ACUUAAUCAUGUGAUAUCCUAACUUCCUUACUUUUGCUAACUAGUUGAUGCCAUGAAGCGAAAUCACGCAUUAGCUAUUAAAAUUUAUGUCGCAAGUGGCAUAUGCAUUGGUAGAUAAUGGUCUUACUAGAAGUGAUAAGGUGAUGUUAAAGAUGAAUCAUUGAUGCAUGAUGUGAUUGAGUAUUAAUAUGCAUGAUGGUACUUGAAUCUUACCUUCUUAUACAAUAACGAAUCUUUACUUUUUUGCAUCCAUAAAUAAAUAACCCCGAAACAACUUUACUAUUAUUGCUUGUUAGUUACUUGAAAACCCCUAAAUGUUUAUAUUAUUUUCGUGUGAGUCAAUGAUGGUUUGGUGUGACUAGUUAUGCAUUAGCAGACCUUGUGGAAAACAACCCUAGGCCAUUCUAGGAUUUUAACUUUGAUCUGUACUGCACAUCACCAGUGGAGUAGUAUUGCAGAGGCCGCAAGAUUGGAUGCAUGAGCUUAGUCUAAACUUAUUUGAGGGGUACCGUCUAUUUUUAUUUUAUUUCUUUCUUGUCAUUUGUUUUGGAUAUUAACUAGGAGAAGAUGUAUUAGGUCUCUCCCUUUUUGCUUUCACUUUUUCUUUUGUUUCCUAUGUUUAUUUGGAAUCUCCUUAGAUAAUGAAGAAGGACUACUAUUAGUCUAACCAUCUGGUUCCACUUCAAAUUGAACAAUGAAUGAGGCAAUUCAUUCCAACCCUUUACCAUGGCUCACCUAUAUUUUAGUCCACUGAGUACAAAGUCAUGUUUUAAGUGUGGGUUGGAAGUGAGUUUUGUUGCUUUUUUUCAUUGUCCUUUCAUAAUGAGAAAUUUUCAAAGUUCUACAGAUGCAUUAACCAUCAAUUGGCUUGAGUAUUCGAAAUAUUAAGUAAAAUUUAAUAUUAUGAAAAUUGUAUUCGAUUCUUGCCAUCCCCUACAAGAAUGAUCACUUGGUCUAUGGAGGAUAGUGUAGUGAGUAUGAAGGAUGUGAUAGUCAUUGAGCCUAUGAGCAUGUAAAUAUCUUUUAAUGUCAUGCUAUUCGAUUCAUUAUAGAUUUUUAAUUAUGCAUUAAGUCUCCAUUUUGUAAAAAAGCUUUUCCAUGGGGUGAAUUGUACCUUCUAUUAAAUGCCAAAAUUACCAAUCUCAGCUUGUUUGAAUCAUAUGUGUUUGCCAUGCUAUGUUAUGAAAUAAAGCGUGGGGUAAGCCCAACAUGUGAGGCAUAUAUUCAUUGCAAAAAGGGGUUUUGGAAGAGAUACAAGUUAAAUAAAGUAAAAUUUCCUCUUGUUGAAUAGAUAGCCAACUUGACGAUGUGUUAUUGAGGGCACAAAUAAAGCUACUGAAACUCCUCAUUUUUAUUGACCCUCCACACAAAUCAACUUAUAGGAGUUAAAUAAAGUACUCUAACCAAUGGAGAGAUACAAAAAUUGCUCUUGCUCGACUAAUUGGGGUCUAAUGCUCUAGUAAACAGAAAGCUCGCUACACACAAAAAUGGCAAAAAAUAGUGAUAAGAAAAGUCUAGAAAAUCAAGAUGAUAUAUGUGUUUGUUGAAAGGCAAAAGUGCUUAAUGGUAUGUCAAAUGAUGGUAGAGGCAUUUCAAAGUUCAAAUGUAUUUUAAGAUUCAUGCAUGGUUAGUUGUUAAUGGUAGAGUUGAUUGUCUUUGUUAUUCAUGCAGGUUGAUGUGGUUAGAAUUUUUUUGUACUAUUGUUGACCUUGUAAAUUCACUUAUGAUCCACUAUCUAAGAAAGAUGGUUGGGUGAUGAUUCCUCGUGUUUAUUGAUUGUAUGAUUGUGAGAAGUGUUUGCUUAGGGAUCAACAAACUUCAAGUGCGGGUCGAAUUAUAAUGUUUAUGGCUUACCAAAUUUGAUACAAUUCCAUUUCUAUUAAAUUUUACUAUAUUUUGUAUGUAUUUUAAAAUUAUGUUAUCAAUGUGCUUAUAAUAGACCUAGGUUGUGUUUUAAUAUCAUUUUAUGCAUUUUGCUAUGAUUUUGUGCUUUUUAAGGUCAAGUACAAUCGUUGAUCAGCUCGAUCAAUCAUUGGAUCACAUAAGAAGAUCAAGGAGUAAUUCAUUCAUUAAAUGAAGCUCAAACGAAUAGAGGUCUUAUAGGAAGUCUUCAUCUUAUCCCAAGAGUAGGCCACUAAAGAAGUUUUCGUCCAAGCAGAGGAAAGAAUCCAUGACGGGUGCAAUCGUUGUUGGGCUGCCACCAACCCUAACCCAUCAAGUCGCGUUGAAAAUCCAUAGACAGGUUGCUUGUGGUCCAUGAAACCCACUGGAAGAAGGAAAAAAAACAAUGGUGGCGAUUGCUAGGAGGCCACCUUGGGCCCAAGCCCAUUAGAAGCUUCUUGAAUAUUCUUUAUUCAUCCCGAAGUUAGAGAAUUCGAGUUCUAGUCGUACAAGGAAGCUUUUGGCCGAGUUUUAGGAGCAAAAAUCUGAAAACCCCUUCCCAUAUUUACUAUAAAUAGACGGUCAGGCUAUAGGAUAUAGUAAAUAGCAAAUACUACAAAAAUUUACUCUUCAAGACUCAAGCAAGGAGCCACUAGGCUCAAGUGGAGAUUGAGUUUAGCUUCCAUAAGAUGGUGCAAUUAAAGAGAUAACUUCAUCAUCGAUGUUGGUACCAUCUUUCUCUCUUAUGUAUAGCUAGUUCAAUUUGAUUGUUUAAGGAUGUGAAUUUUAUGGUGUCUUAUUCAAAUUUUUAUAUUAUUUAAUAAGAUGCUUAUAUCAUUAGAUACUUUAGUCAUUCAAUGUUUAUAUCAUUAAAUUCUUUAGUAUUCCCGAAUACCACAAUAAAACUCCCAAUUAAGGCACAAGUAUAAACCUUAACUAAGUGCAGUACAGGGCAAGUAUGUUUAAAUAUCGACCCGGGCCGGUUCAUGUACCCCUACCUCGAUUGCUUGAAACAUUAUCUAGCGGUUGAUUUUUGGUGAAAAAACAAUCUAUAGCUAAAGCAUUAGCAAAGUUAAAUGGAUUUGACACUAAUUGAGAAGGCUUCACUCGAGUGUUGCUCCCCCUAGCUAACAAUUAUGACUUGUUGGAUCGAAUGGUCGUGUGUGGUGAGGGGGAUGUAAACCAUAUGGAAGUGUAACAAGUAGCUAAGUGCCACUCUCUUGGUCUCUAGGUUGAGGGAAGGGAAUACGAUCCAAGCCACCAACGUGACUCUCUCGACCUAUUGACUAAGGGUUGGUUAGACUUCACCCUAGAAUUGGAGUUUGGACGGCCACCCACAACCAACCCUAAGUGCUAAUACGAAAUAAGAGGUUUGCCCUACAUUAACCUAGAUAGGAGACAAUGAAUUGCCUAAGAAAACCCAACAUUCAAGCCUCUUUCAAAGAAAGGAAGGGGGUUUUCUCUCUACCUAGGUUAGCAUGCCAAUUAGAUUAAUAGGUUUUCACACAACACAAUCAUUCAUGAAUAAUACCUCCACAUUCACAUUAAAUACAGCCGCACACAAAUCAUUCAAUCCAUACAAGCAUUCACAUAAUUGUAGCUAGGGUUUACAAACACCCAAGUGAAAGAAUGGACCACUCCAUGCUAGGAGAAGGGAAAACACAAGAGAAGAAGGAAAACCAUCAAUGAGAUGCUAGCCUUGCUCCUUGUGUUGAAGAGAUCCUCAUUUGGGGGAGGAAUUCCCAAUUCCUGCUUGAAGAUGAAACCCUAGCUUCUCCUCUUCUUUGCUUCGUCACUCUCUCACUCCAGAAAUCAGAAGAAGAAGAAGAAGAAGUUUAUCACACUAGGUCUCUCCUCUUUUUCCCUUCAGCUCAACCUCCUUUAUAUACCCAGAUCGGGCUCAGAUCAUAGUUCCGGUUCACGACCAUGAACUGAAACCCUGGACCGUGAUCUCAAGUCGAAUCGCGCCGCAUCACUAAGUCCAGUUCACGGGCAAUGGCCUGAGUUCCCGUUCUUACAACCGUGAACUGACUUGUGUACAGUGAAAGCAAUUUGUGCUCUUGAUGCCUGGUUGUUCACGGGUAGCGGUUUCAGUUCAUGGUCUUAGUGACCGUGAACUCACAGCCCGAAUCGUGAUCUACUGCUGCUUCCACCCUUUGACUUGAUUUUUUGCCUUUUCGUCCAAAUUUCGACCCCAUGGUUGGUUCCACCUACCAAAGUCUGAUAAACACCAAAACAAGGCAAAACCCGACGCAGAACCAAACCUGCCGGAGUAAAAAUGCUUCAAACGACUAAGCAAACUAGGAGUAAAAAGUGUACAAAUGAGCCUGAAUCAACCCCCCCCCCCCCCCCAACACUUAGACAUUUGCUUGUCCCCAAUCAAACCAUUUUAAACCUAGGUGAUAUCUCAACCUAACAAGAUAACUUGGGGACAAACCAAAAGGCACGAAGUGGUGAAAAUCAAUGACUAUUUGGACAUCGACACAUGAAACGCCUCAAACAAUACCAACAUCCACCACAAACGACAUUCGAUUGCAUCAAGAAUGGGUAAAUGAAAAGUUCUCACCUUUUCACAAAUCAAUGCAAGUCUCGACUAGACUACUCACCAACCACAACUAACCAUGCAUAGAAGUAAAGUCCAAGGAACACACAACAGGGCAACAUAGUUCCUCACUAAACAUGCAAAACAAUAAUGAAUCACUCACUCUCGACUAGUGGGGUCAGGACCUACAUCUUAAACCUAAAACCAAAGGUUCUAUGGUUUUGACUAAGAACCUUUCCUACAAACAAAGGCCACUAGCAUCGACCAAAAAACACAAUUCCCUUCUUCCAAACCACUACCAAUCACGAACUACAUUCAAGCACACUUCUUCGACCUAUCUUGCUAUUCACAUUUCAAACCUAGUAGUGAAGGAGGUCAUCAAACAAAUUAGGUGUUUCAAUGGCUUAAGGUCCAAGAAACCCUUUCUAUAGAACACACUUAGACUUUUGUGGCCCCUCUCUACUUUUAUUUACCACGUUUAUUGCCUCUUUUUCUUUUCUUUUCUCUUCUCUUUUUCUUUCGAGGGGGGUACUAGAGAGUGCAACGCAUGCCACCUAUCCUUAUACGAACAAUGCUCUCAUUUAUAACUUUCCCUCCAACACUACCUUCUCAUUUCUAGCAAGAACCAGGGAAAACCACCUAUGUAGAACCUCAAUGGAGCGCAAAAGCAAGAACUCCGAGACAUAAGGAUGACUCACAGUUUGACACGAAGAGAGGAUGGGUAGGGGUCGUUCUUUCGAUCACCAUUAAGCUCAAUCAAGCACGAAGCUCCUAGCAUUAGAAAGACCCCCAAAGUCUCACAGCUCAAAGGAGUUGACUAGGGGAUAAAAUAUUUCGGGACAAUCAACUUUUGGACGUGGACUAAUCCUUUGCCUCCAUCAUACUCACUAGUGACAACAAUGAAUGUUAUACACCAUGGCGAGAGGGAUCUAUCAGACAUGAAAAAGACAAUCGGCACAAAACUCAAAUGGCUACCUAAUCGCCCAAACAUCUAUUCUAAUUUCAAAAACUUCAAUGCAUGGCAAUUGUAAUCAAGAAGUAACCAAGUCAAGACAUCCAUUCAUUUAAGCACACGUGAGAACUAAGCCUUUGCACAACCCUAAUGCAUUCUCAGUCAUCAUAAUAGGAUUCUCUCGAUUACAUGACAAAUAAGCACGAGAUUCACCCACCAACCAACCAUUUUGAUCAUGCAUUGCUUGGAGCCCUCAAAAUUUUCAAAUUUGGGCAUACAUCAAGGCUCUAAGAAUUCACUCACACACACAAGCAUAAUAAUAAACUACCCCCACCCCCAAACUUAAGCUCGACAUUGCCCUCAAUGGCGCAAAAUAGGGGGUAGAACGAUGUUACCGCAUGGCUUGGUGUAUGAAAGUUGGAGAAAUUCCCGGGGUAGGAUAUUUGAGCUUCAAAGGAAAAACAAAACACAAAUACACGCACAUUCUUGCUCGAGGCGAGGUUAUUACACAUAACAAAAUUUCACAAUACGAUUCAAAAUAAAGAACUCACAAGGUACUAGUUCACAAACAAAUUAAGGAGAAAAUAAAAAGAAAAAGAGUUCAGAGUUUGCAAAUGGAUAACUGGGGCAAAAGAAAUCGACUCUUCCACAUGUCUCCCUCGACGGCUACCUCAUGAUGGGCAAGAUCACUCCUCGUCGUUCGAAAGGACGCCCUGGCGUCGAGCCAUCCUCUCUAUGAGAUCAGCGGUUUGGUCAAGUCGAGCAGUGACUCCUACAUGAGCAUUGACGCGAUCCACUCGCUCCUCAAGGUGGGGUCCGGAAUAGAAGGUCUGGCCCCUGAUGAUGAUGAUGCAGCUGAUGGUGGUGGUGGUGCAGUGCGCCGGCAGCGGCCGGAAGCUCUUGUGGGUGGUUGGUCCUGGGGAGGGACCUCUGGAUUAGGUUGCACUGGUGCAGGGUCGACCUGGGGUCACAGAGCUGUCGAAGGCUUCGACCCUCGAGGAACUCAAUUCCUCUCUCCCCUUGAAGCACCAGCUUCAUGUUGUGGAGGGUCUCCACCAGAAACUGCUUUGUCCGACCGUGAUAAAACACCGGGCCACAUCAACCCGAAGUGUCGGGCCAGCCUAGUGAUAAUGGCCCCCAAGUGAAUCGUGUUCACUCGGUCCUGGCCCUCGCAUUGAGCAAAGUUGAUAGCAACCACGACUCCCAGGUGGAGCAAAUCUGCCGGCCGGUUUAGGGAAUGGAGGGCUAUCAACCCUCUAUUUGAGAUCAAGUGCCCUGCUAGCAGCUGGGGAUGAUGGACUUCGUCGGGAGGCUACGCAGGAUCCUCUAGGGCAUCCUGAGCUUGAUAGUGUUGGUGUUGGAGCCCUGGAAUUUGUUCUCCCGAUGCUCAGGGCGACAGAUGGUGUGGAAGGUUGUCUAGUAGUGGAAGUCAGCAGUGUACUACCUCUCUAUCAUUGUCAUGUGGGUAGGGUCAAGCCCCAUAGCCUGAGCAAAGCCAUCUUAUGUCAGAACCCUCGGCUAACCUCCCAGCAUGAAAUCCACGUAGGGUCUACUCCUUUUACUCCCCAAAUGACGUGGGAGAAAGUGGGGUAUAGCUCUACGUAGAGAUCUCGGUAAAGAAGCAAGUCCACUGCCAGCAGCUGCCUCCAUUGGGGGGUGACUGAGGACCCCUGACAUUGCUGCCCACCAUCUGAACAUGUUCAACAUGUCCAGAUCGAGCAUCCAAUGAGGCCCAGCCUUACUGUAUCUCCACUGGCCAAACUUGGCCCAUACUUCACGUGGUUCACCAUGUAGCUGAUGAACUCGUGCUCCGUGUCGAAUCCUGUAAAGCAUUCAGACAUACACCAUAUGUGGAAAUAAUUUUAAAUUUCACAUAAAGUGGAGAAAAGAAUUCCCCCACACCUAGGCUUCCACUACGGUCCUAUGCCUUGAAGGCUUUUCACAAGACCGACUUUCGGACAAUUAAGCUUAAAUGCACACAAAGCUCACCGAGGCACGGUUCAAGGUGAUUCACGGAUUAUCAACACACAAAAUCAAACCUAAAUCAUGCCCGGAUGGCUUCCAACCAUCAAUCAAAAAUCACUGAUUCCAUUCAUUCACAGUUUUGCACUUGGUGGGCAAUUUUCACAUUCAACCACAAAUUGUACCCAAAUUCAUGCCCACUAAGGCUCAAUUAAGCUCAUGAAUCAUCUUACAUUAUUCAUUCACAUUAAUCGGCUAAUCCCUCGCCCUAGAUUCUACAUUCAAUCAUCAAUUCACACAGUAUUCAUUCAAUUAUUCAAUUCAUCAUUAUUCAUGAAUGAUUGUGUUGUGUGAAAACUUAUCAAUCUAAUUGCCAUUCUAACAUAGGUAAAGAGAAACCCCCCUUCCUUUCUUUGAAAGAGGCUUGAAUGUUGGGUUUUCUUAGGAAAUUCAUUGUCUCCUAGUUAGGUUAAUGCAGGACAAACCUCCUAUUUCAUAUUAGCACCUAGGAAUUGGUUGUGGGUGGCCGUCCGAACUCUGAUUCGAAGGUGAAGUCUAACAAAUCCUUAGUCAAUAA